AAUCGGUUCAAUAAUUUUGGAGUUCAUUGCGGACAAACAACGUGACAUGUAAUUUAUAUAUAUUAAGAUUUAUCUUAUAAGAGAUCAAUGAGAAUAUUAUAUCAGAUUUUCUUCCCCGAUGUAUAAUUAUGUUAACAAUAUAUAAAAUAUCUGUCAACAAUCAAUUUCUCCUUGGUUAUAUCUUUUCUUUUUUUUUUUUUUAUAAAACAAUGAUGUAUCUAGAAUAUAUAUAUAUCAAACUUCACUGUUACAUCUCAACAUUGAUUAAAUAUCAAAACCAUGGCAGAUUGUGUUGAACAUAAAAGAAAUAUACAUCUUUAUGAAGAACCAACUACUUACAAAUACGAUUAUGUAGAACAUCCAUUAAGUUUAACAAAGAAAACUCCUGUAGUAACAAAUGAUUUAAAGUCAUCAAAGGAUACCAAAUGUAUGGACUCAUUGAAACUGCCAUUUUCAACUCAUGAUACUUUUCAACGUUUGAGUUAUGAUAAACGAAUACCAUUUAAUACUCUUUGGCAAUCUAAAGAUGCAGUAAGUGUUUCUAUAAAGCCAAUAACUCGACACAAAAUUCUUGGAGAUCAUCGAAAUCAUGAAGUGAUAAGAUCUAGGCCACGUGUUUAUAUGACACCAAGUAUAAGUCUCGAUGAUAUACAAAAUUCUGAUACGAGAAAAUUAUUACUUGAUUUUACAUACACGACAACAUUUCAUUAUAACAGUAAAGAUGUUUGGGGUGAUUUUAAAUCAAAACAUCCAUGUACCACUGAAAUAAAUAUCGAAGAAAUAUCUAAAGAAAGUAAGCAAAAACCAUUGUGUUCUUUAUCAGCACGAUUUUCUAAAGAAGCUGAAGAAUGGGAUAAAUUACAAGAUCGUUCAUUUAUAUUGAAUAAUAUUACAAAAUUAGAUUCUAUAGAUAGUAAUGCAGAAAGUAAGAAAUUAGAAAUGGAACAAGAAAGUGAACGUGUGAUGGUGGUGAAACAAUUAUUAGACAAAGAUAAAUUGCGUUUACCUUAUCAUAAAUUACCUUCAUCUUAUGGUGGUUAUAGACAACAUAUUGGUUUAGGUAUUCCUUUAGAAAAAAAGGUAUUACCAAGUGCUCAUCCAGAUUUAUCUGUAUCACAGGCACUUCAUCAAAAGUAUUUCGAAAAUUUUAAAUUAUAAAGAGAAAUAUUUGACAAGAUUUGUUUCAUUGCUAAAAACAUUUACUGAAAAUUAUAUUAUUUAAAUAUUGGAGCAAUCUUUGUAUAUCUUCUGGUCUUGGUGAACCAAAGUAUCCUAAAAGUAACGCAGAUGUGGCUCUGGUAUUCC